AGAGGUGCAUACUGAAAUGGGAAAAAAAUCAAUUGUGUCAAGAUCGCAGAAGGGCGCGUCCCAGAGAGCGCAGCCGCGCGUCCGAUCCGAGGAGAGACUCCCAAAACUUCUACGUCGCGAGCUACCAGUGUCCCCAUGGAGCUGAAUUUCGCCAAGUGUUGAAGUGUGACCGACAUGUGUGAUUUCGUCCGCGGGUUUCAAAAACUUAUGAGAGAAAACCGCGACUGGGGACUAAAAUGUCGAACCGAGAGCGAAACAAAAAGAUCUUACUGGAACUGGCAAAGCAAGCGGACAACAGCCGGUGCGCGGACUGCGGAGCGGCCGAUCCAGACUGGGCAUCCUACAAGCUGGGGGUGUUUGUGUGUCUGAACUGCUCUGGGAUCCACCGCAGCCUCUCCAGUCGUGUCAAAUCCAUCCGGUUAGACUUCUGGGAGGAUGAACUAGUGCAGUUCAUGAAGUCAAAUGGCAACGCCAGCGUCCGAGCCGUGUAUGAGAAAAGCGUUCCACCAUACUACUAUCGACCCCAACAAAACGACUGCAGUAUCCUCAGGGAGCAGUGGAUUCGGGCUAAAUAUGAGAGGAUGGAAUUCACAGGAGAAACCAAGUAUCCCCCGCUCUCAUACACCACAGGUUUCUAUGAAGGAAUGCUGUGGAAGAAAGGGAAAGACAACUCACAAUUUCUAAAGAGGAAGUUUGUGCUGUCAGAGAGGGAAUUUACCCUGACGUACUACAACAAGGAAGAUGAGUCCAAAGGCCCUAAAGCUGUAAUCUCCAUUAAGGACCUAAACGCCACCUUUCAGCCACAGAAGAUUGGUCAUCCUCACGGGCUGCAGAUCACUUACCAGGACGAAGAUCACACCAGGAACCUUUACGUGUAUCACGAGAGCUCUGAGGAAAUAGUCACAUGGUACAAUGCCAUCCGCGCUGCUCGCUAUGCAUACCUGAAGACAGCAUAUCCAACUGGAAGUGACGAAGAGCUGAUACCAAAGAUAACAAGAAACUACCUCAAAGAGGGAUACAUGGAGAAGACGGGGCCGCUGCAAAAGGAGCCAUUCAAAAAGAGGUGGUUUAUUUUAGACUCCGAAAGCAGGAAGCUGUUCUACUUCAAAGACCAGUUGGAUGCCGAGGAGUUAGGUGUCAUUUUCAUCGGCCCAGAGAGCAACGGUUAUUCUGCAAGGGAGUGCGUCCCAGGGCACGCUCGGGGAAACAAGUGGAGGUUUGGUGUCACAGUGGAGACGCCAGAGCGACAGUUUGUGUUCAUGUGUGAGAAGGAGAGGGAGCAGAAAGAGUGGCUCGAUGCCCUCAGAAAGGUCCUGUCCAAGGUCAUGUCACCACAGGAUUAUGCAGCGAAAGUGGGGAAGACAUCGCUGAUUAUGUCUCUGGUCAGCGAGGAGUUUCCAGAUGAGGUUCCGCUCAGAGCUGAAGAGAUAACCAUCCCAGCUGAUGUCACCCCAGAAAGGGUGCCGACACAUAUUGUGGACUACUCAGAAGCCGAACAAUCAGAUGAACAGUUGUAUCAAGAAAUCUCCAAGUGCUCUGCCAAAAACUUGAAAAACAUCUCAGAGCUCUUUUACUACGCCCAGAAGGCUGUUCUCCACCCAACAGGACCCCUGUAUUGCCCGGAGGAGAAGGAGCUGAAACUGUCGUGCAUUAAGGCUUUAACUAGAAUAUUCAAAGUGUCUGACCUGGACAACGAUGGGAUCCUAAAUGACAACGAGCUCAAUUUCUUUCAGAGGACCUGUUUUAAUACGCCACUAGCGCCCCAAGCCUUAGAGGAUGUAAAGAAUGUUGUCAGGAGGAACAUGAGCGACGGAGUGAAGGACAACGGGCUCACACUCAAAGGCUUCCUGUUCCUGCACACUCUCUUCAUACAGCGUGGUCGACAUGAGACCACCUGGACUGUGCUGAGGAGGUUCGGUUAUGAUGAUGAUCUGGAGCUCACGCAGGAGUACCUGUUCCCCCUGUUAAAGAUUCCUCCUGACUGCACCACAGAGUUAAACCACAACGCUUACCUCUUUCUGCAGAGUGUCUUUGACAAACAUGACAAGGACAGAGACUGUGCUCUGUCACCAGAGGAGGUGAAGGACUUGUUCAAAGUGUUUCCCUACAUGCCCUGGGGUCCAGAUGUCAACAACACGGUGUGCACGAACGAUAAGGGGUGGAUCACAUACCAGGGAUACCUCUCCCAGUGGACACUAACUACGUAUUUGGAUGUGCAGCGGAGUUUGGAGUAUUUAGGUUAUCUUGGCUACUCCAUCAUCUACGAGCAGGAGUCCCAAGCGGCUGCCAUAACUGUAACGCGUAACAAGCGCAUCGACCUGCAGAAGAAGCAGACCCAGCGCAGCGUCUUCCGCUGCAACGUCCUGGGUGCGCGGGACAGCGGGAAGAGCGGCUUCCUUCAAGCUUUCCUCGGCAAAAACCUGCAGCAACAGAGGCGAAUCAGAGAUGACCACAAGUCUUUCUACGCCAUCAGUACGACCUAUGUUUACGGUCAGGAGAAGUACCUGCUGUGUAUUACAGCAUCAGCACUGGCAGAUAAUCCCUCCAUCUGCAUGCACUGUCUUCCCUUUCUGGUCCCUGUCCUGUCCACUCACCAAAAGCUCCACGAGGUGAUGCCAGACUUCGACUUGCUGACAGAGGCAGACUUGAUCUGUGAUGUAGUCUGCCUGGUGUACGACGUGAACGAUCCCCGCUCCUUUGAGUACUGCGCUAAAGUGUACAAGGUGUGUGAACGGCAGGCGGCUUCUCACCAGAGGCCUGAAUGCGAGCUCACACUGGUGACAUUAAACGCUUGCGUUCUGCAGAAAUACUUCAUCGACAGCAAGACGCCAUGCGUGGUGAUAUCGGCCAAGUCCGACCUGCACGAGGUGCGGCAGCACUACAGCCUGACGCCACACGACUUCUGCCGUAAGCACAAGCUCCACCCCCCCCAGCCGUUCACCUGCAACAGCGCCGAGGCUCCCAGCAAAGACCUCUACACCAGACUAACCACUAUGGCCAUGUAUCCCCACGUCCGCCUCCGCUGCAUGUGUUCCUGCAACAGGUGCACUUAUUGCCUGUGUCAGAACCUCCUGAAGUCGGAGCUGCUGCGCAGUCUUAAGGCCCAACUCCGCAGGGUCGUUUACAACAGGUUCAUACAGGAGGAUUUCAGCCUGUGGCAGCGGGCUUCGGCCGUCUCCCACCUGGAGGAGUCCAUUUAUAUGGAGGCCUCAGAUGAGCAGCCAAUGUCUCCUCAAAGGCACAUGGCUCAGGCUGACCUGAAGAACUCCACCUUCUGGCUGCGGGCGAGCCUCGGCGCCACAGUGUUCGCCGUGCUGGGCUUCGCCAUGUACAGAGCACUCCUCAAACAGCGGUGAUCGGACAGCUACAUCCUCCUGGGUCCCUCCGUCGCCUCCGCCCCUCCUCUAUUACCUGAAAGGUUUCAAAAGACUGGCUGAACAACCAACCAAACGUCGAACUCCACCUCAUCCCCUCCUCACAAUGCGACUUGAGCAUGAAACAAAUGAGAGUAUUUUUUAUAUGGGAGUGUGUUUUGUGUGUGUGUUGUGGCUGAAAGGGGCAGUUGUAAAUCACUCCGUUUAGUUAUUGCAGACAUUCUGAGAUCUUUUGGUGUAGCCUAGGUCAGAUUACAGUCGUAGUCACUGGAUUAUAUCAGCAGAUCCAGUCCUUUUUUUUGUUUUUGAUUUUUUCCCCCCUCAGGUCAGUACAUUUAGCUAGAUAUUUGGAGACCAGAAAGAGGCAGCCAAACUGACACCACUAAGGGACUUAAACCUGUUUAUAGAUGUGUAUAUGCAGUAUAUUAUGUAUGUAUUACCCCAAAAUGUAGGACCUGUAGACAGCCCAACAGGAGGUGUUUGGACAAAUGGCGUUCCAUCUAACUCCCGAAAGGUCAUGGAUGCCACACAACUUGUUUAAUUUGUGUGUUAAUUUAUUAACCUGUUUUGAGUGCACUGCAUGAAACAGAUUUUUCAUGUAUUUUUGUAUUUAGUAUUAUCAAAGCUGUCUUUAUGGCUCAUCAUUUAUCAGUGCUUUUAUUUUCCUGCUUUUGAAAAGCACUUUGACCCCUCGUUAUAUUUUUAUGGCGGCACCAUGGUUCAAGAGAUUCUGCUACUAAUAAAAGCUUUGCAACACACCCCUCCCACCUUAAAACGAUGAAAGCAUUUCCUCUCAUUCUUCUCUUUUCCAUCAUUUCCAAUAAAGAAUGGUUUAAUCUGACACAGCUGUUUCUGUCUCCAUUGGAGAAAAGUUUUGGCACAUUUGACUGUAAGGAAAAAUAGAAAAAAAAAUGGUGGAAGUCUGUGUGUCCAAAAAUGAAUGCUACAUCAUCUGUUUUUUAGAUGAUCUGGGGUUUCUGUGGGCCAGAACAGAGAAGUGAGUUAGUUAUGAGGCUCUGAACAAAACUGCUCUGGGCUUCAGUGAGGAGGAAGUCCCAGCACAUGUGCAGGUAGAAUGAGUGGCAGCAGCCGGGGGGGCACAGUCUGAGCUGAUCUCCCACCAGGGGCUAACAUGUCUGCAGAUGAAUCCACAUUACUGUUUGAGGGCUUUCUCCAGAAAAGAAAAGACACUCUGAAAAUUAUAUGGGCGACAUACUGGUUCAGACUUCAAAACACAGCCCUGUUCUUCUACACUAAGAAGAACGGCAGUGCUUUACACUUGAGAGGGUACUACUACAUAUGUUCAGUAAGUCACUCGCUGUUUAUUACUGCUGUUUUGUUGGGACAUGAUUAACAGAUCCUGAAAACUUUCACGUACACAGACCUGCAUGUACUAUUGUUUCAUUUUCUCUUCCUUUAAAUUGGCUGCUUAAUGGAGCUGGUUGGGGUGGGGACUAUAACCCUGAUGUUGCUGGAUUGUUAAUUAUAUGGCAGUAUCUUUCAAAAAUUAAAAAUAUGGGCUCAUAAUUUGUGCGUGCAAUGUUGAUUUCUUUGGGGUUUGUUCUACUGGAAAGCAGUUCACCAAUUUCCAUAAUUUGUGGGUUUUGAUGUUUAUUGUCGUGCAAAGUGAGCAUUUGUGUGUUUACAAUGUAAAAGUAAUUGUGAGGUGCUUUUAAUCUACUUUCAAUUGAGAGUAAGCAGCUUUAUUUUUUCUGCUUGCUCACAACUAUUUUAGGGAAUAUCAGUUUCACAUCUUUCACAACUGUGAUGUGUCAGUGUGCAUGUCAGUCUGAGUUCUUUUUUGUGGCUGAGAAUCAUUUAUACAUGUGGGUUCGUUGCAGUGCA